AUGGAGAACAAGGCCAUGUACCUGCACACCUUCAGCGAGCGGGAGAACGGCUCCAUCUUCGAGGAGUCAUUUGAUGGAAGGAACCUGUCCAAAUUGAACCUCUGCGAAGAUGGUAAGUGCCACAAGAGGAGGGGAGCGGGGCGCUGUGGCCGGCUGGGCUCCAUCGCGGCUCUGAAGUACGCGGUGGUCGGACUCUACCUGCUCGUGUUCCUGAUCCUCGUCGGCGUCUUCAUCCUGGCAGUCUCCAGGCCGCAGAGCUCCCCCGAGGACCUGAAGGCGCUGACGGGGAAUGUGAACCGCCUGAACGAGAGCAUCAGGGACAUGCAGCUCAAGCUGCUGCAGCUGCCGCUCAAAAGGGACAUCCUGGACCACAUCUGGCGGCUCCAGGAUCUCCUGCAGAAUCACUCAGACUCCCUCUUCCUGAUGACGGGCUCCCUGCAGAAGCUGGAGGGGUUCCUCUGGAACCUGCAGACCCAGGCGAGCCAAACGGACAAGGCCGUGGCCAGCCUGAGAGACAGCUUGAACCAUCAGAGCGACAUGGCCCAGCUGGAGACCUACAGGCUCUCGGUGGAGGGCAACAGCAGCCGGCUGCUGCUGGAGCACCACGACAGCCUCCUGACGCAGCUGGCCGCCCAGGUGGAGAGCCUGAGCGACCAGCUGACCGAGGUGGGCGGGGCCGUGGGCACCAUCAACAGGACCUUCUCCUACGACGUGGGCAUCCACCACACCCGGAUCCAGGACCUGCAGGUGCUGAUCAGCAACGCCACGGAGGACGCCCGGCAGAUGAGGCGGAUCCAUAUCGCCAUGGAGCAGCAACUGAAGCAUGAACUGGCCAUCCUGAACAAUGUGACUGAGGACCUGAGGCUGAAGGACUGGGAGCACUCCAUCGCCUUGCGGAACAUCUCCGUGAUACGGGGGCCUCCAGGACCAAAAGGAGACCAAGGCAAUGAAGGAAUGGAAGGCGAACCUGGAGUUCCUGGUUUACCUGGACUAAGAGGGCUCCCUGGGGAGAGAGGGCCUCUGGGACCACCCGGCCUGAAAGGAGACAAGGGAGACCUCGGCCCGUCCGGCCCUACUGGGAUGCGAGGAUUCAAAGGUGAUCGAGGCCAGAAAGGAGAGAAGGGAGACAGAGGUGGCGAAACAGCCGCCGCCGAGCAGGGGCUGGUCCGGCUGGUGAACGGCUCCGUCCCCCACGAGGGGCGGGUGGAGGUGUUCCACGACCGGCACUGGGGGACGGUGUGCGAUGACAGCUGGGACAAAAAGGACGGGGACGUGGCCUGCAGGAUGCUGGGUUUCCGAGGCGCCGAGGAGGUGUACAGGAUGGCCAAGUUCGGGCAAGGUAUAGGGCGGAUCUGGAUGGACGAUGUCGCCUGCAAAGGCACAGAGGACAGUCUGUUUCAGUGCACCUUCUCCAGCUGGGGGAAGAGCAACUGCGGCCACGCCGAGGACGCUGGAGUGAAGUGCAUCCCGCAGUGA